AUGGCUCUUGAUUCCUUCAAGCGUGACUAUGGUCUUGAAGGUCGAGACCAGCACGAGAUUGACACUCUCCAAGGCAACAUCGUUUCGACCUUUCAGAGCGGAUGCUUCUUUGGCGCUUUGCUGGCGUUCCCAGUGGCCGAGAGGAUUGGUCGCAAGAGGAGCAUCAUGAUAGCUUCUCUCAUCUUCCUCGUUGGCGCUAUCUUGAUGACUGCUUCAAAUGGUCGGCUUCCAGUUCUCAUUACAGGCAGAGCUAUCGCAGGUCUUGGUAUCGGCGCCGUCUCAUUGAUUGUCCCAGUUUACAUUUCGGAAACGAGCCCUCCCAGCAUUCGAGGUCGACUUGUUGGCAUCUUCGAAAUAUGCUCUCAGUUCGGAGGAAUGACGGGAUUUUGGAUCAACUAUGCUGUGAACAGAACAAUUUCCGAGGGCACCAAAACUCAGUGGAUUGUGCCGCUUGCAGUACAAUUGCUACCAGGGACCAUUCUGUUCCUUGGUAUGCUCUGCUGCCCGGAGACACCACGAUUCAUGGCCAAGAAGGACAACUGGGAAGCGCAGAGAAGAUUCUUUGCCAGCUACGCACGCUGCCUGCCGAUCAUCCAUACAUUCGUCGAGAACUUGCCGACAUUCCAAUUCAAGCGACUGUUCCAGAAAGGUACCCGCAACAGAAUCGGGCUGGGCCUCAUCUUGAUGAUGUGUCAAAACAUGACAGGCGUGAACAUUAUCACGUACUACAGCCCCCGUAUCUUCCAAACUCUGGGCAUCACCGGGACUUCGACCAAGCUUUUUGCAACAGGCUUUUACGGUAUAGCUAAGACUCUUGGGAUGAUUGUCUUUUCCCUCUGGCUAGUCGAGAAGGUUGGUCGAAGAAAUGGUCUGAUCUACGGGGCAUUCAUUGGAUCGCUCCCGAUGUGGUAUAUUGGCGGGUAUGUGUUCAAGGCUGAUCCUACUGCUGCGCUGAAGGCAGGCAACGCUACACGCAGCGGAUGGGCUUAUCUGGCCAUGGUUUGUGUAUAUCUAUAUGGUUUCAUUUAUUGUGCGACCUGGCAGGGCAUCACGUGGGUGUACUGCUCGGAGAUCUUCCCUCUCGACAUCAGACUGCUCUGUGUCGCCAUCACAACCGCUGAUCAGUGGCUCUGGUCAUUCAUCAUUUCAAGGACCACACCGUACAUGAUCACGUCACUAGGCUACGGUACCUACAUGUUCUUCGGAGCCUUGAUGCUCCUUAUGGGUGUUUGGGCUUUCUUCUUCGUUCCGGAGACGAAGGGCAAGACUCUGGAACAAAUGGAGACACUCUUUGGCGCUCCUUCAGCCGAGUCCGAAGCUGAGAAGGUCGUGGAUGAUGAGAAGCCAGUGGGAAUGGUUCAUGUUGAGAAUCAAGCGGCCGAGAAGAGUGGUCGUUGGAAGAUCACUCGAGUCCUGAGCGCUUAG